GACACAGCAGCAGUCACACAACUCUCUAAGAGCAGCCCAACACACACACACCCCACGCACAAAGCAUUGGUGCCAUGCCGAGUAUUGACGUAUCACCACAAAGGGAGCUACAGAACCUUAACAUGGACCUUGAUAACAAGAAGAGGGGAGGAAACCUGAAGUCUCGGCUGCAGUGCAGAUCAUCUCAAGAUGCUAACAAUGAGGGGCUUUGUUACGAGGAGAUGUCCCAGUGGUCAGAAUCACUUGAGAGGCUUUUAUCAUCCAAAUAUGGCAUGAAGAUAUUCCAGGCCUACUUGAAGUCAGAAUUCAGUGAUGAAAACAUUGAGUUUUGGCUUGUUUGUGAAGACUAUAAGAAGAUGAAGUCUUCCUUCAGGAUGUCCUCUAGGGCCAAAAAGAUCUUCAAACGCUACAUUCAAGCCGAGGCUCCGAGAGAGAUCAACAUUGAUCACAACACCAGAGAGCUGAUCAGGCGGAACAUGAAGACGCCCGACUCGUUGUGCUUUGACGAUGCCCGAAGGAUUGUCUACGGGCUGAUGGAGAAGGACUCGUACCCACGUUUCCUCAGGUCGGACCUCUAUAAGGAUCUAUUGGAAUCUACAUCAGAAUCGGUGCAGAUGUAAAGACACCAGAAACAUUGCGUCAACAGAAUCUGCACUCUGAAGCUAAGCUCAAUGCUGGACUACCUGAGAAAAGCUGUGGGGUUAUUGCUUGUCUGGGAACACUGGUGAAACACCAAAACAACUUUGAAAACUUGUUUUUUUACACUCAUUCAUGCCUUAUUUUUGAGUUGGAAUAACAGACUGGGGUCAGCCAUGACCCAAGAUGACUGUGUAGAGGAAAAGCCUUAAAAAAACAUAGGAGUGUUUAAAUACUACUAGCUGGUAUAAUGGGAAAGGAUGGCUACAGUUAUUGUAAAACACAGGACUUACAAGAGAUGCCGCGCCUAUGUUGUGAAAAGGGUAGGGACUUUUCUGCGGAAGUGUAUGUGUUGCAAACACCCUUCCCACCCAUCAUGCACAAGCUACAUUUGCACACCAUCUUCAGUUUAUUGUUUCUCACUAAAGCAAUAGAUGCAUAUAUGCUAUCUACAUGUGGAUCUCUAUGCAGGGCUUUGCAUUUAAAAGUUUUGCAUUCUGACAUCACACUGAAAAAACUGAGAUGUUACAAUUACCAUCAUUUGAUAUAAGCUACAUGUUGUGCAAAGUUUAUGCGAAAGUUAUGUAAAUGUGAACAUUGAGGUGGAUUUGUACAUAUUGAAUAAAUUAUCUAUAUUUGCUUUCUAA